CCACUCUUUACCUUCCCCCAUACUCUCCGAUCUCGCCGGCAUUCCUUUCUCAGUCAUCCAACGUCUUCUUGACCGCACCGCACACCCUCCCGUCCACAUCUCAGCUUCCACUCAUUAUGGCGAACGGUGCCGACCUCCGGACCCUCGUCUCAGAGCUUCACAACGCCCUCAAUCGCAAACAGUUCGAUGCCGCCAACGAUCUUCUUGGUCGCGCUAAGCGGACUCUCCUGCUACAGAAUGCCUUGAUUCCAACGUCCUCGACAUCGCCUGAGCUGAUUGCUCUUGCACGCGAUGUUCUGGAGCUCGGCGCUCUGUCCUCCAUCCGGCAAACCGACGCAACUUCUUUCACACGAUACUAUCAGCAGCUGCAGCCUUUCUAUGAUCUGGAGAGGGACAGCUCGAAUGCCGGAAAGGUGGACUUUAAGAACAGCCAACGUAGCAAGAUUACAGGCCUGUAUCUGCUCCUGUUGCUGAGUAUGGGCGAUAGCACUAGUUUCCACACAGUACUGGAGGGUCUCGUUGAGGAGGCAAGCUUAAAGGGCAAGAGUGUUGAGGAUGACGCAUACAUCAAGUACCCAGUUGAGCUGGAGCGGAACUUGAUGGAGGGCAGUUAUGAUAAGGUGUGGAGAGAGACGAAAUCAGAGAGGGUACCCUCAGAGGAUUUCGGCCUGUUCUCUAACGUCCUGGUUGGAACCAUCCGCAGUGAGAUCGCCGACUGCUCCGAGAAGGCGUACCCCUCCCUCCCCAUCUCCAAUGCGAAGAACCUUCUGUUCCUUGAGUCGGAAGGGGCGGUCAUCGAGUUCGCUCAGCAGCGCGGAUGGGUGCUUCGUGAUGGACGGAUAUACUUCCCUAUUGAGCCGGAGGCUACCGCACGGUCCGAAAAGGAUAUCCUUGUGGCCAGCACCACCAUUAUUGAGAACGCGAUCGGUUACGCUCGCGAGCUAGAGACGAUCGUUUAAUCUAAUAGAUCUAUCUAGUCACGCAUUUUUCUUUGCCUUUUCGUCUGGGUCCCCGGUGGGUUAUAACUUGUAUACCGCAUGAUGAAUUUAUCGAGCGAAUCACUUCAUGAACAAUAAAACCAUCUCUCAUUUUUGAGGGACUUUUCCCUCAUACAUUGACCCGCCACACGCAAAGUCUCCGAUCGUAGAAACUACUCGAUACGCAGAGCAGCUCAGACAUCUCCUUCCCUUGCAAGUCAUAUCCCUCCUCGGGCUUCCACACAUCAGACGCAUAAUUCAUACUCUCAUGCUCCGUAAACUCCGCCAAAACCUCAAUAUCCCACUGCCCCAGUGUCCGCGUAACCCUCACCACCCUCGUCCCAGCAUGCAUACAACUCGCCAGAACAAGAAACACCCACUCCUUCCCCCCAUCCUCCAACCCACGCCUCUCCGUCCUCACCAACUGCAACCGCCAAACUCCAC